UUCUUCCAUUUCCUUUUCCUUUUUCUUGCAUCUGAAUCUGAUCUGCAAAUCAGAAUAAGAAGGAAAUGGAGUUGUCUUUUCUGCAGGUUUCCAUCGCCAUAAUGGCCUUAGCCGUCGUUGCCCAGACAUCCCUCGCCUUCCCUGAUACCGGUUUCAGCAUUGACGGAGAUUCAGCCUCACCGCCAUUGCAACAUGCUGGCGGUAAGUCUGAUUCCGUUAAAGAGUUUCUUGCUGGACAUAACGCGGCCCGGGCAUCCGUUGGCGUUCCGCCUCUUAGGUGGAACGCCACUGUGGCGGCCUACGCGGAAGCCUACGCUGCCCAGAGGUCCGCUGACUGUGCGCUCGAGCACUCGGAAGGGCCGUAUGGGGAAAACAUCGCCGAGGGCUACGGCGAGUUGUCGGCGGUGGAUUCCGUGAAGAUGUGGGUGGGUGAGAAGCCGAACUAUGACUACGCGUCAAAUUCUUGCGUCAGCGGUGAGUGCUUGCAUUACACGCAGGUGGUUUGGCGCAACACUAUGAGCAUUGGCUGUGCUAGGGCUGCAUGCCAUAACGGUUGGAUGUUUGUCACUUGCAACUAUUAUCCUCCCGGUAACUAUGAAGGUGAACGUCCUUAUUAAGGAGAAUUCACCUAUUUCUCUCGGUUGGAUUAGUCUCUUCCAUAACAAUGUAGUAUAUGUUAAAAAAAUACAAUACUAUACAAAAAAGUAUAUGUCAUCAUCACUGAUGUAAUAAUAAUAUUGUUUCAUGCAUGGAUGUUAGUUCAAUCCAAAUUUGAACUUUUUCAUUCUUGAUAA